UUGCAGAGCUCCAAAAAAGAAAGAGGGAAACUUUCCCUAGGUCACCGGCAUUCUCGCGAGAUGAAUGUGGAGGAAGAGGUGGGUCGCUUGCGACUGGAGAUCGAGCGCCUGGGAACGGUCCUGCCCGAUGGAUCCACCGUCGUGAAAUUUGGAAUCCUCUUCAACGACGAUCGGUGUGCCAAUCUCUUCGAGGCGCUGGUUGGAACCCUGAGGGCCGCCAAGAAGAGGAAGCUCCUUACGUACGAUGGAGAGCUCCUCUUGCAGGGAGUGCAUGACAAUGUGGACAUAGUUCUCUUCAAGCCUGUCUCCAAUUGAUCAAUGCAAACUUUUCUUUA